AUGAACUUCGAAGGCAGUAGCUAUGUGGUUGGAAAACUAACGUGUUCAGAAUUUCGAAACAGAAUGAUGGAGGAAGAGAGCGACUACUCCGCGUCAGCGAGCGCGAUCAUUCUUCAGCGUCGGAACUCGUCGCGGCGCUACAGCCGGCGCGGUCACAAGCGCCGGGCUUCCUCGCCGUUCAGCCCCGAGGUCGAGAACGUCCUCAGGAGACGAUCGUCGGUAUUCACUACCAGCUCUGGCGACACUGCGAUCUCGAUGGACGACUGCGGCGUCGGUAGCAGGACCGCCGCUGCAACCAACACUGCUCUGGUCGAGGAGCAGCGCAUCUUUGAAAAUCUCAAGCUCCACAAGGAGGUGCUGAACGGCGUGAAGCAGCAGCCCUGGCCGCUCGGCCGCAAGCUCAAGCUCGUCAGGCAGGCCAAGGUCUACGUGCGCAAGCACGAGGGAGCGCUUCAGGAGCGACUGGCCCAGUCGCGCAGCACCCGCGAUGCCAUCGCGCGAGCCUCCAUCAUCAUUGCCAAGAAUUGGCAGCACUUGAAACGCGAGGUGAUAAACGCGAAAACGGUUCUCGUGCCGUGGGAGCGACGCAUCAAGCAAAUCGAGUCGCAGUUCGGCUCGGCCGUGGCCUCCUACUUCAUUUUUCUGCGCUGGCUCUUUGGCAUCAACUUGGUCAUCUCGGCCGCGCUGGUGACCUUCGUGGCGAUCCCAGAGUUGCUGGCAACGUUGCAGAACGCAACGAUCGCCGGCGAGCGCAAGACCAUGCUGCCCGAGGAGCAGGCCAGAUCGACCCACCUGCUGACCCUCUGGGAAUUCGAGGGCGAGCUCAAGUACUCGCCCUUCUUUUACGGAUGGUACGCCAAUCAGCACAGCUACAAGGCCUACAAGCUGCCGCUCGCCUACUUCCUCGUCAAUCUCGUCGUUUACACUUACAGCUUCUUUGCCAUUUUGAGAAAAAUGGCCGAGAACUCGAGGAUGAGCAAGCUGUCGGAGAAGGAGGAUGAGUGCGCCUUCUCGUGGAAACUCUUCACCGGCUGGGACUUUAUGAUCGGCAAUGCCGAGACGGCCCACAAUCGAAUCGGCAGCAUCGUGCUCGGCCUCAAGGAAGCCCUGCUCGAGGAGUCGGAAAAGCAACGCGACGAGAGAAACUGGAAAAUCAUAAGCAUCAGGAUCGUGGUGAACCUGCUGGUGAUCGGACUGCUGGCGGCCUCGGCUUACGCCGUCGUCGAGGUGGUCGAGCGCAGCGAGCACAUACCCGAGGAGGAGCGCGGCAACUGGUGGCGCCAGAACGAGAUCACCGUCGUCAUGACCCUCAUCACCUACAGCUUUCCCAUCAUUUUCGAGCUGCUCGGUAUCGUCGAGAGCUACCAUCCGAGAAAGCAGUUGAGAUUGCAGCUCGGCAGGAUCAUGAUACUGAAUCUGCUUAACAUGUACUCGCUUAUCUACGCUCUGUUUAAAAAAAUCAACUCGUCCGACGAAAAGUUGCAGAGCCUCAAGCCAUCCGAUUUCCUGACCAACGUGAGCUGCGUCGACCAGCUGGUGCCGUGCAGCGGUACGCCGUCCAACGUCGUGUACGCCGCGUCGACCAUCGCCUCGACCUUCGCCACCGGCAUGAGCUUGGUGCUCAACAGGCCAAAUGUUUCGCGUCCCUCGGUUGCUGCUGCUACGUCGUCCUCCGAAGAGCUCGAACUUAAAACCGAGCUGCCUCUUUAUCCAGCCUCGGACGAUUUUCCUUUCGCCGAGAGCAAAAGCAACGGCAACAAUAACAACAGCAGCUACCGCAACGACGUCGUUACCGCUACUGGAGCCUUGAGCUUGCCGGGAAACGAUACGAAUCCGUACGAAGCAGCGUCGCUGAGACUUCGAAACUCCUUGACCCAGGACACGCUCGAAGCCGACAACGCGCUGAGCUCCGACGACGCCUAUCCCCACGUCGAUUACGAUUACUACGGCUCGUACGAGCAGUCGGACAAGACCAAUUCUAGCAACAAAUCGGAUUUGCCGGUUGGCACCAAAAGCCCGUUCAGGGACAACGAGUCGGUGAGCGACGGUACCGCGGCAGCCGCCACGACGACCAUCCCGAACAUCGAGCUCAACGUCACGGUUCACGACACCUGCAGAGAGAUAAGCCGCAUCGUUCAAUGCUACGUGCGCAUUUGCGAGAAUCAAACUCUUACUUUUGACAAUUUUUCGGCUUACACGACUGCCCUGGAUUUAAAAACCCGUCGAAAACUGCGCGGCCUCUGCUGGGAAACGAUGUUUGGCCAAGAAUUAGCCAAGCUCACGAUGAUGGACCUUGUCCUUACCGUACUGACUACCAUGAUCAUCGACUUCUUCCGGGCACUGUUUGUGCGCUACAUGAAUAAUUGCUGGUGCUGGGACCUCGAGAAACAGUUUCCACAGUACGGCGACUUCAAGAUAGCCGAGAACAUUUUGCACCUGGUUAAUAAUCAGGGCAUGGUCUGGAUGGGAAUAUUUUUCAGUCCGGGUUUGAUAGUGCUGAACGUCGCCAAGCUCAUUAUCCUUAUGUACUUGAGAUCCUGGACAGUUUUGACGUGCAAUGUGCCGCACGAAAUUGUAUUCAGGGCAUCGAGGUCCAAUAAUUUUUACUUGGCGCUGCUUUUGACGAUGUUGUUUUUGUGCGUCCUUCCCGUUGGCUACGCAAUUGUAUGGGUUGAACCAUCGUGGCAUUGCGGCCCAUUUUCCGGCUACAAACGAAUUUACCAUUUGGCUACGACGAGUCUCCGAAAUGCGUUGCCCAAUUAUGUUCUAGAAUACAGAAUUUUAGAUUACAUCGCUUCGCCCGGUAUAGUUAUACCACUUAUAGUUCUCAUGACUUUAAUCAUUUACUACAUGAUUUCUCUGACGAAUGCUUUGAGGGAGUCUAAUAACGAUUUGAAGAUUCAAUUGAGGCAAGAACGCACCGAAGAGAGACGAAAAAUGUUUAAAAUAGCAGAAAAGCGACACAAUGAAAGUGAAACUCCUUUUACGAAAUGGAAAAAAAUUUUACCCAAUUUAGGACCGAGAAAAUCUAUUGAUUUAGCUUCAACGAAAGCUAAAUUCGCGAUACCAAAUGCAGAACAGGAGCAAACAAAGCUUCAAAUUGAUACAAAUACUCUAGACGUGGAAUCUUUACUAGCGAAUGAACACUUAUCAAAUCUGGAUCAGUCAGAAACCGUCACUGAAAAUAUUUCAAAGUCUCUGUCAGAGCUUACUGAAUCGGUCAUACCAACAAUUCAUAUUAGUCCUGAAGAAGUUGACCAGAAUAAUUAA